AAGAAAGAGGGGUUUGGUUUUUGAUGCUCAUAAUAAUUUGGAGAAAAAAAUAAAUAAGAAAAGGUAAUCGGAGACCCAGACCCUGUGAAGGGCAUUCGUUUGCUAAAUUGCUUGUUGUAGUUCUAUCAAAAUAAUAUGGCAUUUCACGUCGCUUGUCCAAUUACAUGCAAGCGGAUUUGCUUCUGUGCUUUAGGGUUUCCGGCUAAUUUGCACUCCAAUUCUGCAAAUUCUGAUUUCUUGGGGGAAAUUUCUCGUCUUCAAGACUUUUUGAAGGAUCCCUGGUUAAUUAGGGUUAAGGAUGGUGCUACCAUUCAAGUUCCUGUUCCUAAAGUUGUUCCGCCGCCUCCUCCACCGCCUGUUUCCGCCGUCAUUGAUGGUGAUGAUUUGGCCGCCGCUGAAGAGUUGUUGUCUGCUCAGACUAAGCGCGUCGCUUUGCAGAAGAAGGCUGCUGUUGCUUCUAUGGCCGCCGAGGAUUAUGCCAGGAGGUUUGAAUCUGGUGCUUUGGCGGAUACCAUCAAAGAUUCUGGUGUAGAGGAGCAGGGUUUAUCCAACGUGAAUGUGAUGUGUCGAUUGUGCUUCUCUGGUGAAAAUGAAGGGAGUGAAAGAGCUAAGAAGAUGCAUCCAUGCAGUAAUUGUGGGAAAAAGUAUCACAGGAGUUGCUUGAAAACUUGGUCUCAACAUAGAGAUUUAUUUCACUGGAGUUCAUGGACAUGCCCCUCAUGCCGUGCAUGUGAGGUUUGCCGCAGGACUGGAGAGCCAAACAAGUUUAAGUUUUGCAAGAGAUGUGAUGGUGCCUUCCAUUGUUACUGUAUGCAGCCACCGCACAAGAAUGUUAGUUCUGGACCUUACUUAUGCCCUAAACAUACAAAAUGCCACAGCUGCGGGUCAAAUGUUCCUGGAAAUGGUCUGAGUGUAAGGUGGUUUUUAGGGUAUACUUGCUGUGAUGCUUGUGGGAGAUUGUUUACAAAAGGCAAUUAUUGUCCUGCCUGUCUGAAGGUCUAUAGAGAUUCAGAGGCAACACCCAUGGUCUGCUGUGAUAUUUGCCAGCGCUGGGUGCACAUCGAAUGUGAUGGAAUCAGUGAUGAGAGAUAUUUGCAGUUUCAAAUAGACGGAAAUCUUCCAUACACAUGCCCAACAUGUCGUGGCGAGUGCUACCAGGUGAGGGGUCUUGAAGAUGCUGUGCAAGAGCUGUGGAGGAGAAGAGAUGAAGCAGAUCAAGAUCUAAUAGCAAGCUUAAGAGCAGCUGCUGGCUUGCCAACUCAGGAGGAAAUAUUUUCUAUUUCACCGUUCUCUGAUGAUGAAGAUGAUCUGAGUGCUGGGAAGGGUGAACAUGGGCGUGCUAGAUUCUCUUUGAAAAGUUUGGCCGAUUAUUCCCCUAAGAAGACCAAGGAUUAUGGCAAAAAACCAUCUAGCAAAAAAUAUGCGAAGAAAAAGGGAUAUCAGAUGUCUUUGGAUGGUAAAAUGGAGGUCAAGCCUGAAGAAUACAGUGAAACCCAGUUUUUUGGAUCUAGAUUAGGGAACAAUAAAGAGGCUUCACAACCACAUGGACGAGAUUUAUAUUCUUCUCCAGUUUCUGGAAGUUGCAGUCCAACUGACAGAAUUUUCUCCAAGGAACAAGCAGUUUUGAAGCACAAAUCUAUAGAUGAGGUUGCAGGGAACAAUGCGGACAGAAGAGCAAAUGUUCUACAGAUUAAGAGCAAGAAGAUUAAUGACACUGCUGUUAGUGAGGAUGUGGGUCAAGUUGGCAGCAAACCAAAGACUAUUAAGGGAACUAAGCUAGUUAUACAUUUGGGUGGACGAAAUAAAACCAUAACCGACUCUCCGAGGUCUGAUUCUUCAAGUUAUCAGAGGGAGCAAGAAUUGGUGACUCUAAGUGGAGGGAAUGAAGCAGUGAGUCAGCAUAGGGCAGGUGAUUAUCUGACGGAAAGAUUAGAUGGCACAUCAAACUCUGAUGAUGGUUACAAAGUUGACGGCGUUCACGAAAUAAAAGGGAAACCACUACGGGAUCGUAACAUAAUAAAGCUUGGUAAAGGCAAAUUUGAAGCUUCUGGCCCCCAGUCUCACAGGGGGAAUGGAUUGUUUGGUCUAGAGAGUUCACACGUCAUGUCAUCCAAAAGAAGCAAUGCAGCUAGUGAAGGGAUUCCAAACAAUGUAUCAAAGGGGGAAAAGGUUUCCUUGAGAAAGCAUCCAGAUAACAGGAAUGACAUUUCUGGUGAUAGCAAUAAAACUAUCCAGCCAGCAUCAUCUGUUGUAGAUGGUUCGCUUAAAGACUCCAGGCCUUUGCUACGACUCAAGUUCAAGACUCCUUAUCCGGGUUCCUGGGUUCCACAUAGUGAGGAAGAGAGAGGAUCUGUGAAGGGUCAACGCUCUAAAAGAAAGAGGCCAUCACCCUUGGUGGAAAAGCCUAAACAUCAUGAACAGGAAGAUGUGACAGAAUCACAAGAUGACAAUUUAAUGAAUGAAAUCAUGGAUGCUAACUGGAUUUUGAAGAAGUUGGGUAAAGAUGCUAUAGGAAAGAGAGUAGAAGUUCAUCAGCCAUCUGAUAAUUCCUGGCACAAAGGAGUUGUUAGUGAUGUUAUUGAUGGGACAGCAAUGUUGUCUGUUGAUCUUGAUGACGGAAGAGCAAAGACCGUUGAACUUGGAAAGCAAGGGAUCAGAUUUGUCCCACAGAAACAAAAGAGACUAAAAUCUUGAUUAUCAAGUAUAUAGAUCCAAGCUGAAGGUUCUCACAGUUUUGGUAGCAGGUGGGCUAAGGCCCAUAGACCAUAGUGCAUUCGUCUUCUCCAUUGUUUAGUUGGGGUCAUAGUGCAUUGAUUGCCUGCACCUAAGGGCAGUUGCAGUGAAUGUGGAAAUUUCGGGGCCUCACAUGGGUUCAGAUGAUAAUUUCUUUCUACCCUGAAAUGUGCAGUUUCUCUCAGGCUUUUCUGGUUUCUCAUGUCACCUUAAUUGGAUGAUACAGACUUAAUGAGAAACUAGUGUAGUGGGCUGUAGACUGCUGUUUUCCAGUGUUAUAGUCAGUUUUCCAGCUUUGUUGUAAAUGAUUAGGAAUAUGCAGGCCUCUGUAUCGUAGCUUAAGCUGACGGGUUGUUAGCUUGAUUUGUACACUUGGAAUAAUAACCUGUUUAAUUAGCUUA